AUGACAUCCUGGAAGCUGUUUUUCCUAUGCGCCGUGCUCUUCUGCGUCGAAGGCAAAAGAUUGCAUCAAAAACGGGAAACCAAAUCCCAUAUAUGCGACCCAGUUUAUAACAACACAAAUAAAAUUCAAUGUUACUGCGUUCGAGAUUCAAAUCUCGACUUGAUUCGGAGUGCUAAUUGCUAUGCAACUGUCAACGAAAUCUCAAUUGAUGAUGCCAAUUGGAAGGUUUUUGAAGAACUCGAAAAUGUCCACAAGCUAACAUUCACGAAUACACGUGGCGUUAUUUUGAAGUAUAUACCUCAACACGCGUUACAAUACACGAAAUCAGUUCUAAAACUCGAAGUAAAGUACGCCAAUAUUGAGUCAAUAGAACCAUUCGAUUUUGCUAAUCUAACAUUCGUUGAAGACAUAACACUAAGAGAUAAUCAGAUCAAAGAUUUAAAAGCUAAUGCCUUUGCGCAUCACAGGGACUUGGUAACAAUUGGCCUAGAUACAAAUAACAUAGUCGAGAUAAACAGAAAUGUAUUUGUCGAUUUACCGUCUCUAGAAAAGCUAUAUUUGACGAGAAAUAAAAUUACAACGAUCCACGACAAAGCUUUCAUACAUUUGUCUAAUCUAAGAGAACUGGAAAUUGAUACAAACAAUUUAUUCAUGUUGAACAGUGAAACCUUUUUAGGCUUAAAAAAGUUGGAAAAGUUAGAUCUUAGUAGUAACAGUUUGCAAGUGAUAGGGGAUAAUACGUUUGCGCCUUUAAAGAACCUUCGGGUAUUAAAUUUGGAUGGAAAUAAAAUUCAGAUGCUUGACGAGAAAGCUUUUCAUGGGCUCGUCAAUUUGCAAUCUUUAUCAAUUGCUCAUAAUACACUGAAAGAAAUUAAAAAUAUAAAGUUGUUUGUUGGAUUAAAAUCCUUAAAGUCAAUGAGUUUGAAAGGCAAUCAACUACAGAAUCUUGACUCCGAUGUAAUGGCGCCGAUACUUGAGAAUUUCUACAGUAAUGUCAGCAGUCUCGAUGUUGAAGAUAACAUGUUCCCCUGCGAUUGCCGCCUGGACUUGUUCUUAUCAUUAAUGAACAACACGAAUAGUUCGCACUUGAAGCUAUCCAUCGAAAACCUUAAAUGUAUACCCACCUCGGACAUCAGAGACAAAUGGACGAAGACAGCGGAAGGUGACAAGAACACAGACGUGGAAGACGAUGGCCAAAAUGAUUAUGAAUAUUAUGAUGACACACAGUUAAAUGGGAAACUAUUUUACAUUGACAUGCGUUUCCUUUUAAAUUGCUCCAAAAAUUUCGACAGCCUUCUCAAACCGGACGUUGAAACACCCAAACAAAAGACUUCAGUAAAGCCGAGUACAACAACAGCAAGUGUGGAACCAAAAGUCCCAAUGCUUAUCGAAAAUAAGGGUGAAGAUCAGAAAAAUAUAUACACGACCAGUCGACUGUCAACUGUUUCAGCGAAACCAAUGGCAAAUGGUUUUUAUGACGAUCGAAAUAUGGCCGCCGAUGAAGCGAAACCGGACAAAAUAAAAUCGCAUCGAAGCAUUCAGGAUUUUGAGAGCCAACCCAGUAACUCUCAUAUGAUAUCUUCAUGUGUUGCAUUAUUCGUAGGAGUGUUUAGUGUUAGAUUAUUUAUACUAGAAUAA